CAAACUUUCACAGGAUCACGACUGCGAGCUGUCUGGGCUUUUUCUGUGUAUUCCACGUUUUCUGCAAGAGGGUCUGUGAAAACGUGGAUGAGAUGGCGCAGUUCGGCUAUGAGAACGACAUUCACAGCAUUUUGAAGCUGGACAUGCCGAUUACAAACGGCCCCAUGGCGAGGUGGCAGAGAAAGGCCAGCUCGUCCAACACGUCCGCCAUCAACGGCCUGUCGCCUGGAAAACCGGCUAAUGUGUCCCAGAGUUCAUCUAAAACCCCGAGUAAAACACCAGGGAAAGCCAAGAAAACGCCAUCGAAGAUGGGGGCUGAUCGCUUCAUCCCCAUUAGAAACAGCAAACAAAUGGAUGUUGCAAAUUUCUUGCUCACAAAGGAGAACGAACCAUCUGAGGCAAACGCACCAGCCGCAUCUGUCACCCAAAAAGUGUGGUCUGUAACACUGAAUGGAUACAACAUUGAAGAUGCAAAGAUUCUGCACCUUGGAGGAAAACCAUUGAAUGCACCAGAAGGCUAUCAAAACAACCUGAAAGUCCUCUACAGCCAGGCUACCACCCCUGCCUCUGUGAAAAAGAGCAGAUACAUAUCUACAACUCCUGACAGAAUCUUGGAUGCUCCUGAUCUUCGAAAUGAUUUUUAUUUGAAUCUCAUUGACUGGAGCAGUCGCAACUUUAUGGCUGUUGCACUUCAUAACAAUGUGUACCUAUGGGAUGCCUCACAAGGAGAGAUCACUCUACUCAUGAAGCUGGAGCGUGAGGAAGACUAUAUUUGUUCAGUGUCCUGGACCAAAGACGGAAGCUACCUGGCCAUUGGCACCAGUGACUGCAAAGUUCAGUUGUGGGAUGUUGAGAAUCAGAAGCGCUUGCGCAGCAUGGAAAGUCACACAGCCAGAGUUGGAAGUCUGAGCUGGAAUGACCAUGUUGUUUCCAGUGGCUCCAGGUCAGGACACAUUCACCACCAUGAUGUGAGAGUGGCAAACCAUCACAUCCACACACUCACCACUCACUCUCAAGAGGUGUGUGGGCUUAAGUGGUCCCCUGAUGGCAGAUACCUGGCUAGCGGAGGCAAUGACAACCUGGUGUGUGUAUGGCCUCGUGUGCAGGAGGGAGGUGCUGGCAAUGAAAGCCAGUUCGUUCGCUGCUGGAGUGAGCAUCAGGGGGCUGUUAAAGCUUUGGCUUGGUGUCCAUGGCAGUCAAGUAUUCUUGCCUCUGGAGGUGGCACCAGUGACCGCCACAUCCGCAUCUGGAAUGUCAACAGUGGCUCCUGUAUCAGUUCAGUCGACACUCAGUCUCAGAUCUCGUCACUGGUAUUUGCACCAAACUACAAGGAGCUGGUUUCAGCUCAUGGAUAUGCCCACAACAAUGUUGCCAUCUGGAAGUACCCGUCCUUUACCAAAGUUGCGGAGCUGAAUGGACACGAGGACAGAGUUCUCAACAUGAUUCUGAGCCCAGACUCCUCAACCAUUGCCACUAUUGCUGGAGAUGAGACGAUUCGUCUGUGGAAGAGCUUUGAGAUUGAUCCUGUUAAGAAGAAGGCGAAAGAGAGGCUGGUCAAGUCAACCAGCAGUGUUAUUCAUCAGUCAAUCAGAUGAAUUUUUACUUGGUGUUCAUCAGUCAAUCUGAUGAAUUUUUACUUGUAUAUUUUUUUUGUACUAUAUGCUGAAUGAGGUAUCUGCACAUGUUUAAUUCACAAUAAAGAGAAUCACCCAUUUCUUGUGUUACCUGCGAUUGUUCAGAGAACUGCGAGGGUGGAUCUUUUUUUUAUUAAAAUUUUUAGUUUAUAACCUUUUUAAUUUUUUUUUAUUGGAUACAUUGUGUUCAUUUGACUGGGUUAUAAAUAAAUUGAUUAUUUUA